AUGUUAAACUCGACUCACGAUCAAAAGUUUAUAGAACUAUGGUUAGAGGUGACUAAACCUCAAUCCUGGUCUAGUAUAUUUUAUCUUUUAUUCUGGUUUCCAUUAUGGACUAUAUUUUGCUUUGCAUGGAUAUUAAGUACUUUUAUUAUAAGUAUCAUUUCUUUGGUAAUCCCCCCUUUGGGAUAUUUUAUGUGUAUAGGAUCUGUCAUAUCUUUGGCGAGGGUAGAAUUAAUCACGAUAUCAUUUUGCACGAACCCUUCUCGAUUUCUUCAUGACACCGUUUCAGAGAUCGCCAGUAAGAAACCAUUACAGCCCAUCACAAAAAUUUCUCCACAAACCGAGUUUCAAGGUUAUAUACAUUUCGGUGUUAAAUAUUGUUAUAAUCAAUAUACCGUGGAUUGUUUACGUUACUUUUUAAUAACAAAACCGAUUGGGAUGCUAUUCAAUAUUGUAAUGAUACCAUUCUUUCUUGUUAUAAGCUUACCACCAUUUGCAUUACUUGGUUUACCUUAUACCUGUAAACGUUGUAAUAUGCGUGGUAAAAGUUUAUGUGACGGUGCAAGAUCCGUACUGGUGCCUCAAUGGAAUGCGCCAAGGCCAUCAAAUCAAAACCAAGGAAACGCAUGA